AAUAGGCGAGGUAGCUGCGAAGAAAUUAGUCUUUCAGGCGGUUGCCGUCGUUGCACUUAUUAUUACCCUGUUUUUAUAUGUACAGUCUUUUUUUUAACUCAUUAAUUUCUUACGUCGGGGAGAAGAAUGCACCUCUGAACCAGCCAAAGAGAAUACUGUUCUUUUUAAAACUUCAAAACACGGCGGGAGGAAAAAGCAGACACGGCUUCGCGUCAAAGGAAAGGCCCUUUUCGGAGGAAAAAGAAAUCAUUUUCACGCACCAUCGACACGGCAGCGUGGAGGAGUUAACGAGAAGAGAAGCGCUCUAGCCCCGGCAAGUUUCGAAAGCUCUUAACCCGUUUCCAAACGUGGGGCAGAAUAACCCAUGGAUCACCGCUACAGCACCAAAGGCGACAUGAUCCCCGAGCUGUCUGCCGCCGCGGAGUUCGUCACGAGCCUGCUGAGGACCCGGGGCUUCCUCCACGAGCCGCGGCUGCAGGUCUUCAGCGCGUGCCUGCAGGAGGCGUUGGCAGAGCACUACAAACAGCACUGGUUCCCCGACCGGCCGCAGAAGGGCUCCGGCUACCGCUGCAUUCGGAUUAACCACGAGAUGGAUCCGAUCAUCAGCAAGGCCGCGGGCCGAAUCGGACUGAGCAGCCAGCAGCUGUACCAGCUCCUGCCCAGGGAGCUCACCCUCUGGGUGGACCCGUACGAGGUGUCGUACCGCAUCGGCGAGGACGGGUCCAUCUGCGUGCUGUACGAGGCGCCGCCGCCGGCCUCCAGCCACUCUCCCAGCGCCGGCGGCGCCGGCGGCGGCCUCGGCCCCUACAACCCCCUGUUCACCUGCAAGAACCAGUACCUCAUAGGGCGCACCAGCCCUCCCAAAAAUUACCUGAUGACCGUUUCCAGUUAAUGUGCAUUAGAGCGUCGUGCAGGAAAAAGACAGGCAAUGCGUUUUUCAUAGGGAGGAUUCAACCAGCGUUCACCCUGUAAGGAAGUGACUUUCUAUUUUUUGUACAGCUGGGUAUGUAAUUCUUUGCCCCCCAAAUAGGCCUAUUUCCAGUUACUGGGGCUCUGUUACCCCCCUCCCUGUAGGGGUUUAGCUUGAGCACCCAUUAAAAACAGCCCAGUGAAGAAUAAAUCAGGGGAUUUUUUUGCAUUAAGAUGUAGCUUCUUAACAAAAAAAAAAAUAGUUGCCUUGGACGGGCCAGUCCAUGAGCACUUUUUGCACUGCCAAGGCAUUUCGUAUUUGUAUAUUUGUGUCCUUUAUAGAAUUAACUGCGCGAAUCUUUUUCAUGCUGAGGAAGCAUUGUAUUUUUUUAUUUAUCCACGUGAUCUUGACACUGCGUAAUAUAUCUGGGGGAGGGGAAGGGGGUAACAUGUCUGUGCCCUCUUGAGGAGUCAAAAAAAGGUGCAAUAAAGGAUAAAAAAACUCCCACAACACAGCUGUUUGCUAACGUGGUUAACUCCAGCAGGUGUGCGUGCUUUUUUUAACAGUUUUGUAGUGAUCACUGUAACCACGUGGGCCUCGACGCCACUUUACAGAAAUCCCGACAGCGUGGCCUGUUUUUUUGGGAGAGCCGGGAGGUGAUUGUAAAACAAAGAAGCUCGAGUAAUGCACUACUGGUUUCAAAUUUGGAACUGACAUUUUUGUUUUUUUGUAAAUUGCACCCCCUUGUUUUACAGUCGUCGCGCCCACCUUUUUCGUUGUAAUUUUCGGCUCGCGUGUGUGUGUGGGGGGGUGGGGGUUACCGUUCCUGCUGUGGCUGCCCCCUGUUCGUUCCACGCAGCCUUUGGGCAAACCAGUGUUGUGGGAGUUUGUGCUCCUCGAAAGGGGUUAAGAGAAAAGCUUUUCCUGCUGUUUUCUUCCGUGCAAUAGGACCCCAGUUACACAAAGAGCCGCUCUCCGCGCUUGAGGGCGACUGGCACUGAACAGCUUUAUUUGUUCUCCAGUUUUUGUCCUGGAUGAAAACCUUCAAGUGUUCCUUCCUAACAGUUCUUGUGCUGUGAACCUGAAACCUGUUGGGAAGGACGAUGGUUUGUCUGGAAAGAGCCCCAUUUAGACUGGGGUGGGGGGGGAGGGGGGGGUGGGCUGCUGGGGGGGGUCACAUCUAUGGAUAUUGUGUCCAGUGGCCACUGAACUUCCUUUUGGAAUCUCCAUUGCCUGUUGGAAUAAGCUGUGAGACAGGAGGCCGUUGUAAAUUUGUAAGCGCCAAACUGACACGUUGUAUCCUAAUGCUGGAGUGUAAUUAUGUUCUUAAUUUUUUUUUUUGAUGGGGCUGUU